AGAGCUACUUCCGCCAAACACACGGCAGAUCACCUGACCAAGGCCGCUCGUGUCACAUGACUGUCAUGGCUGAUGCAGAGAGUGCCAAAUCCCUGAGCGGGUUACUGAAUGGCAUUGCCCAGCGCAGGUAUUAUGGCAACAAGGACAUCACCGAGGAGCUGCUUAAAAGGGAGCUGUACCCCGACCUGAGCCAGGAUGAGUUCAAAGCCCUCCUAGAGAAGAUGGUCGGCCUUGUGAAGUCCAUUGUGUCCGCAGAUAUGGAUUUAAAUCAAAUAGAAGCUUUCCUAACUGCUCAGAGUAAAAAACAAGGAGGAAUCACGGCAGAGCAGGCUGCAGUCCUUGGAAAAUUUUGGAAGAACCACAAGAAGAAAAUUCGGGAAAGUAUGAUCAGUCAGAUCAAAUGGGAAAACACACUGAAGGGCAUGAAGUGGAGAAUAGACUUGAAGUCACAGUCCAGAAACGCAGAUCAAGUAAACACCCCUGUUGCUAUCGUAGAGAUGGAAAUUGGAAAGAAUGGCAAGGAAUCUGAAUUUCUCUGCUUGGAAUUCAAUGAAACAAGGAUCAACCAGAUGCUGAAGAGGCUGUCAGAAGUGGAAGGAAGCAUAACCGAAUUAACACAGAAUAGCUAAAUCUCAUAAUAAAAAUAUACACUUAUUUUAAAUUUUAUUUCUUUUGAGAGGAUUAUUUUAUAAAGGAUACACAAUUUCAACUAGACUUAUGAUUUGUUUAAACCGAAAUCCCGUGCGUGUUUGUUCAUUGUUACUGAUUCAGUUAUGAGAUAUUAAAAUGUUUUCUAGAUAUUUUGUGGGGUUUUUUUUGUGUGUUUUUGCUGCAAGACUGCAGCCUGCAUCACUCUGAACUAGGUACUGGUAAUGGUAUUAAUAAUGGUAUUAAUUAAUGGAACCAGAUCCCACAUGGCCCUAUCAGUUGAGGCUGGUCCAUGGGGUCAUUUGGAGCAGCGCCCCCUAACUUUUGUUGCAAAUGUUUUAGUUUUUUUAAAAAACAAUACUACUGGUGUGAUUAUGACUAAUUCUCAU